AUGACUUUGCGACCACAUAAUACACGAUUGUUUACGAAAGGAUUCAAUACGGAUGGACAAUUGGGAUUGUCUGCUGAUGUGAAAAGAGCAACUGAAUUUACUGAAGUGACGCAGCUGUUGGAAAUGAGCGAAGAAGAGAGCCGAAAAACAUUGUCGUUGAUUGACAAGGUUGCUGUUGGGAGGUCGAGUUUGAUGUUUUCAACCACCAAUAACAGAGUGCUCGUCUGUGGUAUGAACACAUACAAUCAAAUCGGAUUAGAGCAUGAAACUCCCAAGUUCUUGUUUCGGCCCAUUGAAGAUUUAUUAAAGAAAGAAUUGCAACAUGCCAAGAAGAUGGAAUUGGCAUUGCUUGAAAAUAAGUUAGGAACAAUGAAGGUAAAUGAAAAAACACGAACCUUUCUACUCGAAAAGCUCAAUAAGAAAUUUGAAAAGAUUCAUUCCAUCGACAAAAUUGGAUGUGGUUGGUUCCAUUCCAUGAUUGUCCUCAAUAACAACUUGGUAUUCGGAAGUGGUCACUCUUACUUUGGCCAACUAUUUGGAAAGCCACAAACACAUACGUUUCAAUACCUCAAUAAUGAAAAGUUCAAUCCAUUACAAUUAACAGAAUCGAUGAUACAGAAUAUUGAGAAUGGUAACUUUAAUGUUGAUCCAUUUAACAUUAACAAAGUCACUCAUUUAGAUUGUGGUACCUUCUCAACGUCCAUUGUGAUGAAUAAUUGUCAACUCUAUGCAUGUGGUGAAGUGAUUGGAGCAACAGCCACAGAAGACACCUAUUUGAUGGAAAUUAGUAAGGAAUUUAACGAAAAUUGCCAAAUUGUUGAUGUUUUUCAUACAGAUUCUGGAAUUGCUAUCCACACAUCGAAUUCUGAAAUUAUCAUUAUUGAACGAGAAAAACUAACAACUCCAAAAAGGAUUUCAAACAUUGUACGAUGUAUCGGUGGGCAUAUGUGUAGUGACUUGUACUAUGCGGAGGCUGCCUCGCCACACAUUCUUAAAAAGUGGACUCAAACAGACGGAUCGCUCAAUUUUAACAUUUCCAAAUGUUCACUCCCUUGUAAAUUAUAUUCUGGAUAUUAUCAUGUAUUCUUGGUUUCUGAGGAUAAAUACAUCUACACAGAUAGCAGCUUCUCCAACUCAAUAGAGGAUGAUUAUGAUGAAAACACAGACUCCAUAACUCUGAGUGGCCUCAUUACUCCAUCCACAAAAACAUCUGAUAAGGGAAAUGGCCUUCUUGCCAAAUACUUGCUUCAUGAUCAAUACAAAGUUGCAGAUCUGGGUUCUGGGAGUGAUGUAUCGUUUGUUCUGAUAAGUUGGAACAGCAGUAGAGAAGAAGAGGAAACCAAGGCCAGAAUGCUCAAGCAAACUAAAAAGAGUGGUCACAGGGCAUUUUCUGACAUUUCACUAAAAGCCAUCGAUCACUUGUAUUACCAUUAG